AUGUCGAACUCGACACUCGCACUUCUCACAUCGCCUGAACUUCCUUCCUCAUCUCCUAGUGAUACUCUAAACAUUGCCACAACGGCGCUGCAUCUGGAAUGCUACGCAUCGGAGCUUUUACUGUGGCUACAGCGCUCAAAAUCAACAUCUCUGGUGGAUGAAUCGCUCUUCUUUUUUGAGACACGGUAUCCUGAGCUUUUGGAUGAUUUGCCGCUUCUUUUCACGUGGCUCUCCCUCUUCCUAGUGCAGUAUGAGGACUCGUCCGGGAUCGACGCCAUGCAGCAGCUCGAUAGCUCUGGUGACAUGGUGACAGUUGCAGAGCAAUUUUCGCUCAAGAGUACGCUCACGCUUCUCUAUUGGAAGCACGAGGGGGAGCGGCAUCAGCUCGCUGAGCAGAGAGCAGAAGCAGUAGAGACAGACGUCAGCAGCAGAUCAAGGACAGCGUUUCAGGACGAGAAGGAGCUGCUGCAAUGGGUACUCCAGCAUAGAAAAAUAUCACUUACAAGACAAGACAUUAUUAACCACGUGCUGGAACAGUAUCCAGUCUUUGCAGCAUCAAAGAGCGCAGCGGCGCUCAAAGUCUGGACGUCAAGGUUUUUGAAAAAGCACAUCCAGCCGCAGUCAUUGUUGGUGUCGGCAACAAUGACUGCGGCUGGAUGUGCUUUCUCGGCAAAUAAUGCGACAGUGCCCGAAGUGAUUCCUUAUGUACGUCAGGCUGCUGCUGAGACGGAGUUGGUGUCGGUGGAAACGUGUCAGAGGGCGUCAGAUGUGGUGCAGGUCGAGCCGGUGGAGAGUCCUAUACCGCUGCAGUCCCAAUGUGCGAUCGAAAUUCAAAAGAACAUGGUGGAUAAAGUUAUUGAAAACGGCACGAUGAAGGUCCAACAUACGGGCAAACGGCGUUCGUGUUCAGGACGCUACACGCUGUUCUCAAACGAGUUCAAGCUGCAUGCAGUAAAUAUGCUGGAAGACGGUAAAAGUAUUUCAGAAGUGGCAAAAGAGCUGGGACUGAAGAGUUCCAACUGCUUACAUUAUUGGAGAAGUAUCCGUGACAAACUAGUCACGUCAGAGCGGAAACGAUUUCGUUUAGCUGGAGGAGGACGACGUAGUAGUUGUACGUUUGAGGAUGAGCUGCUCACGUGGGUCAGCCAGCGUCAUCAACGAGGACAAGGUACCGAUGUCAAUGCUGUUUUAGAGUACAUGAGGCAGUAUCGCUCUUCCUUUACAGAAGGUAAAAAGGAGCCGACACUACGCAAGUGGAUUCUGCGCUUUUUUAAACGCUGUUGGCGAGCUCCAUUUACAUCUAUGGACUCACAGGAUGCCGACAAAGCGUAUAUCUUUGUUUAA